AUGACUUUGCAACCCCCUCCAACACCUUGGAUCGGGUUACCUCGAUUCUCAGAUGAAUCACUCUUACUUGAUGCUCGACCUAUAUUCGACGUCAGUUUAGGUGAAGGUGACUAUGAUCCUGAAUGGAUUGAAGAUACACCCAAGGCAAAACUUAGAUCUUCGGACUCGAAAUCGAAGAAUGUGGAUGUGGAUGUGGAUGUGGAUGUGGAUGUGGAUGUGGAUGUGGAUGUAUCACUUGAUUUAGGUGAUUAUUUACCUGCUGAAGAUGAUGAAGCAAAUUAUACUAUAACCGAUGAAAGAGUCAUAGCAUCGCCACCUGAAGAGAGAGAACGCAUAGAGCAUAAAGGAGAUGAUAUGAAUACAACGACUUGGACGAAAGAAUCCGUACACAAGAGACAAGGAAGUCAAUCUCUUUUAGAUAAUAUAGUUUCGUCAAAGAAGACCAAAACCCGAUAUCCUACAGCCACCAUUCCCAAUCAACAGACAGAUGAUCUGUUCAAUAGAAGAUUGAGUGAUUCACUCCGUCGUUCCACAUCCAGCUCAAGUGUAUUAUCAACCUCGAUAAAUUCAAACUCUUCUUUCGACUCUCCGGCGAACAAGGAAAAAUCUACAUAUAAAGUACUUCAACUUCAACCUAUACCUAAAUCAUCAAUACCGAUACCAACUGCUAGCUCGAGAUUGAAAGCUUCCCUAAACACCGCGCCUGGGUCAGAGGCAUCAGCAAGUGGAGGAUUGGUCAAUGAAAUAGACGCCGGUAUACAAAAACAAACAUCGACGACAAGUCGUAUACCUCAAAAGAAAGAAAGUAAUUCAGCACUCUCCAGAUACCUUUCCAGUAAAUCGAUGGUUGUCCCUGCUCAUUCACGACAAACAUUCGUGGAGUAUAGUCAACAACCUAAUGAAGUUACUUCAAACAGUCCUAUGCCGACAAAGACGAUACCAGAUGAACUGAUCACCAUUGAGAUCCCUAUCGAAUCAACGCAAGGCAUUAUCGAUUCCUCAGAUGGUUCUCAAGAUAACCCACCAUUCUCACUCACGUCCGCCCCAUCCGAUGCUGCUUUAUCAAGCUCAACAAUCUCAACCACAAUCGAGGAAAGGAGUUCUUCGAGUAGAUCAUCAAUGUCUGAAAAAGUAGUUGGGUUCUUCUCGAGCUUGAUGAGAUCCACCAGCUCUAGCUCAUUGAAAGAAGAUAUCACUGUACGAGAAUCGAUGCUGGGAAACUCAGUCAGCAGUCAGAGAGGUGAAGAUGAAUGUGACAGUGAUUCGGCUGAACAAGAGCAUCAAGGAGAAGGCGAGGGUGAUGGUGAAGGUGAUGGUGUAACUCAUACAGAACCAGUCGUUGAGAGUAGAAUGAGAGGUCUCACCCAAACAUUUACGAAACCGACCCAUAAAUCAGCUAAACCCCUCACAGUACCAAUAACCAGACCAAUCCCAUUCUCAAGACAGCUCCACGUUCGCUCGAAUCGCAUACCGUCGAAAGAACCCAGUCAACCAAACCGACAUACUACUCAAAUCGCUAGUAAGAACCCCACGAUCAAAAUAAAACCUACAAUGGAUCGGGGUCGUAUACCACUUCAGUCCUCUCGCACUCCUAAUAUCCCAUCUUCCACAUCCACUUCAUCAACAAACCUUACCAAAUCAAAUCUUCCAUCGUAUUCACGCACAGCGAAAACAUCAGCAUUCGCGUCUGCUGCAGUGGCCAAACUUCCUCCACCUGGGAAAGGUCAUCUAACCUCCAAUUCAAGUCAACGUGUGACUGUCCAUCCAAUUGAGAGAGCCUCUAAUUUGAGCAGUAAGCGAAAUGUAUUUGAACGUCUAUCCACCUCUACCUCUACUUCUACUUCCACCACUUCUUCUUCAUCAACAACAACAAAAUCAAAUACAAAUGCCGGUUCAACAUUGAAUUCAAUUACAGCAAAAUCAACUCAUCCUGCUAAAGCAUCGAACAUCAAUAAUGGUCAGAAAUUAACGAUACCUAUGACAGGUCAUACACCUGGUAAAGCAAGUAACCUUCGUGCAGUUCAAAGAGCAAAAUUCGAUGAAAUCACCAAAGCUAAUCUUGCUGAAAGAGAAAAAUUUCAGAUGGAACAACAAAAGAAAAAGGAUGAACAAUCAGAAGAAGAAUAUCAAAGGAAAAGAAAAGAAACUGUUAUAUGGACAAAACCAGUCCCUGAGAUGUAUAAGCGAUAA